AAUAUAUCUCCUCUGCUAAUGGGCGUCGGCACGAUCAUCUUAGUCUCGUGAAUCGUACCUGCCGUACCAGGAAAAUAGGCGCGACAAAUCACACACGGGCUAGCUGAUGAUACAACCCGGUGCUAUGGCGUCCAAUACCGAGCCGACGGGGCAUGCGAACUGGCCGGCAAUGGAGGCAGAUUACUGGCAAACCACUAAGAAAGCACGGGAUCGAGAGGACGCGACCCUCGCCCACGAGCACGCCGUACGUCAAGAUCAGCUGGAUCAAGGUAUUAUCGAGUUGUACGAUAGGAGAUCGCAUCUGCAGAGAUCUAUAAAGGAGCUCGAUGCCAAUAUCGAGUUUCGAAAUGCAGAGAAGCAACGCCUCCUGCGUGAGUUCGAGAUGAGAAGAGCAGCCUUACAAGCUCAGCGCCAAGACGAAGACAGAUCUCAGCAAAAUUGGUUCGCGCGCGCGAAGGAAAGCGUCCCGCCUGAAGAAGAGAGAGCUACACCUGAAGGCAAGAGUGGCGCACCACCGAACCAUGCCCGAAUACUCCCGAAUCCUGCUGCCAAUUGGACCAGCAUCAACGGACCAUCAUUGCGACGUAGUAGUCGGGUGCAGGAGCAGCGGCAAGAGAAGCGAUCUGAUCCGGGAAACCUGUUUGGCAGCGUCUUCCAUAACCCUGUCGAUGAGGAAUUGAAGCCUACCUCUCGUACCUUGCCCCUGCGAGAUCUGACUACCAAUCCACAACCAGGCAUGAGCUUCGAUCCCUUUUCCGCAACGAACGCCGAAGUGCCUCUACCUAGCUCCUCCAGGCAGGUUGAAGAUACUAUUGCUAAAUCUAAGCAAGAACGACGUAGCCUACCCGGGCUCCCUCUUAGCAGCGAGGUCAUCGAUGGGUUACCCGAGAGUAAUAGAGCAUCUUCCCGUGGCCGCAAAUCUCUACCAAGCGUUAGAGACCCUGCAUCUCAUAUGAACACCCCGGCACCCGAAUCCACCAUCGCAGACGAGCACGAAAUCACUCGCGAGUCCCUUGUUCUCAAAGACAACGGAUCGGUCAUCACAGAACCACCUAUGUUUGCUGGCGUGCCCCUGGAGAAGAUCAACGAAAACCACCCAUUCUGGAACCCCGAAUGGGAACCGCUUGAACGAACAGUUCAGGCAGCACUCGACAAGUGGAAGGAUAGACUCGAGAAUCUUCGCAAUAAGCCCGAUGCCGUACGCCACACCAUGUUCCUCGCCAAUCGUCAGGUCAAUCGAGGGCAGUCUGUGCUCGACUUUAUAAGGGAUGGGUGCUUCCACCCUCUCCAGUUCGCUAGUCGGGAGAUGAUGGACAAAUACUACAAAACCUUUAUCAAUUACGACACAGUUUUCCGAUUAGUCAAUGUCCACGAGGAGCUCAAGAAAUUUGACCUCGGUGUAACCCCUCUCGAAUGGCUUCGACAACGUCUCUAUGAAAUUGCCAUGGCACAAGGAGAUAAGUUUAGCUUGUCCAAAACUACGCACGAUCUCUACCAUGACAUCAAAUUGAAGGCGUUGCGCGAGAAGCAUGGUUUCGGCAAUAUCGGUCGCCCUUCAGGCUAUAAGGUUGGCGACAAGAGUGUUGCGAAAGGCACCGCUAAGCUGAAGCCCAAAAAAGAGACCUCUGAAAUGUCUCCUGUUAAUCCGGGCGAGAGCCGACGUAGUAGCCGACGAUCAAUUGGACAAGUUGACGCAGAAGAUGAUUUACAGCGUCCCAUGGCCGUGUCAAGUAGCGAAUAUCUUGAGCCCGUGACACCACGCCUGUCGAAGCGACAGCGUUUAGACACCGCCGAAAACAAAGCGAAGCAAGGGGCUGACCUGGCUGCACAGGAGUCGGAAGCUAUCCAAGCUGAUAUAGAGUAUGAAGGUUAUAGCUCGCGAGACUCGUUCUCCAAUGGCCGUAUCAUGCACCUAGACUUCCGCGUGCAGCAGAUCAAGACCAGGCUCUUAACAACACGCCCGAACGUUACGCAAUACUGGACAUGGAAGUCUGAGGACAAAAAAUUCGAGCAUCAAGUGCUCCGAGACGUGCAGCCCAACGUCACAUGGGGCUACUAUCGUGAGCCUGAUAGGUUCAGCUGCGAUUUGGUGCACAUCAAGGAAAUCCGAUAUGCCUCGGACGGCCGGAAGAUUUUGGUGGCGAGGACUGGCGAGAACUCUGGGGAUGUCCUCGUAUUUUUCAAGAGGGAGCGCACCAAGAAGCGAUUCCUCGCCUUCGUGAAGAAGAAGGGCGUUCAAUUAGUCAAGCAUUCUCAUGUAUACCUCGAGGACGCAUGGAAUGCUAUGAAUUCGAAGAUGAUGUCUGAUGAUGAAUCCGAGACUUAAAUGAUGACCAGGGCUAAUCCGAACUAUAGAGGCCAUUCCUCGCAUGGGGAAGCUGAUGGCAGUUAGCCCUGGCCCACCGAACUUCUUCUCAUUUUCUCUUAUGUAUAUGUUUCCGUCCAUGGUUCUCGGAGUUGGCGGUUUCCCUGAAUUCUACUAAGAUAUCCCCCUUGUUGGCAAUAAUUGCGAGCAAGACGUACACACACACACACGCGCGCGCGCGCGCAUACGGACGGUUGAUGAAUCCACGGCGGUUG